GCGGGCUUGUUGGUUUGGCUUGCAAUAACUGCGUGUUCUGCUCGUGUGAAAUGAGUUUUGAAACAGCAGAAAACCUUUAUAAUUGCUACGAAGAGGACACAUCCCUUCUUUUGGAAGAAACGGUUCGUCCUAAAGAGAGGUGGGCCCCUCUGGGAGCAAAUGCAAGCCCUGAACCAGGUCAUCACGCUUUCGAGGAGUCAGGGAUUGAAAGUAACUUGGAACAAGAUUCAGAAUUGAGCCGUCUUAUGCUCGAAAAUGAACAGCUGAACAAUUCUCUGAUGGCACUUACAUCCCACAUUGCUCAGGUGCAAUUCCGCUUAGGCCAAAUACUAAAUGCUGAGGCUGAAAGUAGAGAACCAAUGCUGAAAUCUUUAGAAGAAUAUGCCUCUAGAGGAAUACCUGACCUACAGUUGCUGGCAGAACACUGUAAUAAGCUAUCCUUAGAAUCAAAAGCAUGCAGUACGAAUUUAAGUGGACGACCACAAAAACUGAUUGAGCAGUUGAGAAGACAUCUAGAUGACCUCGAAAGAUUUGCAUAUGAGACUGGUGAACAGAGUGAACCUCCUACUCAAACAAUGUUAGAAAAGCAACGUUUAGUCAUAGAAGGUCUAAGAGAAAAACUUGAAUUGAAUAUCUCAAAUUUAGACCAACUUCCAGCUGAUAAACUCAAACAGGUUGUAGACAAUGCUGUCAAUCAAUUUUUAAAUCCUGUCAAAGUUAGUGAAAAACUUGUGGAACAGCUGAAAACUCAAGUGAAUGAUUUGGAACGAUUUAUUGAUUUUCUUCAUGGCUCUGGUGCAUGUAGUGAUGCUUUGGCUAAAGCAUUAGCUGAUUUCAAGCGUACACAUCAACAGUUAUCAGCAAAUGAUAAAGCACCGUGUUGUCGGCAUUCUAAAAGUUCAGAUAUGUAUAAAACUCAGAAUGGUGAUACUGUUGUUGACGAUGAUAAAGACAAUCUUUCAGAUGAUAGUGACAGUCCUACAGAAAAUCUUCAUCAUGGUGUACAAUUAGGACAUAGUCGUCAUAUUCAUCCCGACUCAGAGUAUUUUCAUACAAAUGAAGAAUACGAUAAUGAUAAUUUCGAUGAUAUCUAUGCCGAGGAUCAGUAUACUAAGGAACAAUUCAAAAAUACAAAAUCAAUUAGUCGGGAUAAUAAAAAAUCUCGAUUAAGUAUAAUGAGUCUUAUGCAACGAGCUAUUACUAUUCUCAGCUUAUUUGCUGCAAGUCACUUAGAUCAAGAUCCAGACACAUUAUUUACUAAACUCAACGUGAAUAAAUAUUCAACUCAGAAAACUCGUAAAGCAAAUUCAGCCACUGUAGAGAAAGCUAAAGCCCAGCACUGGGGUACAAUUCGAGCUCGUCUUGAAGUAGCCAUAAAUAUUGUUCAAGAGAAGGUAGCCGCUCUUGAAGCUUGCAGACUAACUAAAACACUAUCAAUAAAUUUAUACGCCACACAUCAUACAAUUCCGAAUAGCAUAUGGUCAAAUAGUAAAGCAACAGAUAGUCAUCAAAACAUUCCUUUAGGGCGUGAAAGUCCAGAUGGUAAACCAAGUAUACCUACACGAAGUAGUAAUAUUGUUAGACCAUAUGCAUCAACACGUAAAGUCUUUAGUCAAGAUGAAGUUCCGGGCACUCAAAUCGCCUUACCUGUUCAGAAUUUACACGAUGCUAGUUUACGUGCAAUGCUGCAUGGUGGUCGACCAGAUCGAGUGUUCUCAGAGACCUUUUCAUCCCAUGAAGAGAAAGCUGAGUCAGUUUCAUGUACUGAGGAAAAUGAUGACUUAAUGGAUGAUCCUUACGAGACAGAAUUUUUACAUACAGAAGCUGAACGUGCUGUUGUACAUGUUGUACGUCGGUUAUUCUGCACUGCUUUACGUGAUCUUAUUGAACAUGGUCUUAUAAAGAAGGCGUUAUCACAAGUAGAUGAAAAUUCACCUCUGGGUUUGGUUCAUAAGUCCAGUACUUUCCUUCUUCGUCCAAUUAUAAACUGCUUAGACACAAAAAAUUACUCAGAGGAUGGAUUUGAAUACUUAAAUUUAAACGAAACAACAAAUGAUGAAAUCUCCACGAAGAAUUCCUCAAAAUCUCGGUCUAGCCCCUUUGGAUUUCAUGCUUGGGAUGUAUUAAUGAGAUUUUAUCAAAUUAAGAAUGGUCCAAGGUAUAAUGAUUCCCCGGCAAGAAAGUUGUGCGAAAGUUUUGAUUUACACGCUGUUGGUAAUAAGAAAAUCACAGAUCGUCAGCGGUUUUUCAGUGCAAUGGGUACUGUGCUACAAAGUCAUAUGGCUUACAAACGCAGUAAAGAUGCUAAGUUCAAGGCAUUUAUUAGUAUAGCGCUCAAGUAAGCAUCAUAUAUUUUAACAUUCUGUAUUUAAAAUGGAUUUGAGAAAGCAUGUAAGUCAUACGGUUUAUGCUCAAACUACUAUAAAACUAAGUUGUUAGUCGUGUGGGAAUUCUACGUAAUUGUCAGGUAGAUUCCGCCAUCAGUCUGAAAAGCCAGUGAAAAUAAGAGAAGCUUACUAGACAACUUUAUUCUAAUUUUGGGCUCUCUAGCAGUCCAUAACCACUUUAUACUACGAGGACUAGAGCCUAGCAUUGUCAAGCUACAAAGUAAGCAGGUUUUUUACUAUUCCACUACUGAACUGAACUUCAUUCAACAUUAUCGGAUAGUUCUAGUUUCUAUACUUUAUUACAUCGUCCGUAUAUGAUCUCGAAGAAUCCUAAACUAAAACCAGAGAUCCCCACAUUUAUUCAUUACAUGCUUGUUGGCACUAUUCGAAAAAAGUCUGAUCUAAUAGUUGCGUCAAAAGCGAAUGAUUGUGUGUAUGUGUGUUUUCUCUUGACUGACCAUAAAGUUUGGACAGACUUACAACAAUUCCAUCUCUUUAUGAUGAAAUUAUUCACUGGACCAAUUUAAGCGUCAUUAAGAAAAUAUUAUCCGCUUUCUAGUCGUCAUGUCACAGAUUCUCGUUGAUAAUGAAAGCCCUAGAAAAGGAAAAUAAAGUAUCCAAGUAAUGUCUAAUGAAGUAGAGAAUAGAAGAGAAUUCACUGCGUUUUAAAAUACAACUAACACCAAGGUUCAUGUUAUUCGACAGAAUCUAUAGUGUAUUGCAAAACACUUUUAGUAUUGAAAUUCGAUUGAUUUCAAGUCAAAUUGCGAACUGACUUCAUUUGGAAGAACGCAAGAAACUACGGAGUAGUGAACAUAUGUUUCAUUCUAAUUUGGGACUCUUCAGCAACAAUCAAAACCAGAUUCUGUAGAUCACGAGGCGAACCCGUUUGUCAUUUACCCACUGGGACGAAAUCCAAUAACCCACUAAUUCCAACUUCCGCUAGUGACCGACAUACUACGCAUCAGCCAGUCAGCGCUAUCGGUGAGUAUAUCUCCUCAUGGGAGAUUUGAUGGUCUACAUUGGUCACGACUUCUCACUCGAAAUCCAGACAACUUCAUCUUCAAGUUAGCCACUAGUGAACAUUAGAUUACUUUUUAAGUGUCUCUUGUCAGGGAUUCGAUUGACUUUUAGUUCGAUUAGGAAUUUACAACAUUAGUUAGAAAACCACUGAAAAUUGAAAUUGUAAUAGAAACAAUUAAGUGGCUUUUGUUCACAGUAGUUUAUUAAGAUGAAGUUGCUUAAUGGAGAAGAUGUAAUUUAUCAAUCUUAAUUGCAGUCGCGCCGAGAUACGAUGAAAUCGAAUGAUUCACUGCAGCUGUGAAAUUCUGUAGUCAUCAUGACUUCAUAAUGAUUUUCUUUGUUUCUAGUGUCUAGAAUUAUUCUACUUGAUAACGACUAGACUUUAAGUUAUACUAGGAUCUGCUAGGAUAUUCAGUGAAUGAAUGUCAACAAAUUAUGCCUUCUGCAAAGAAAAAGAAAAUCUGCCAGUUGCUAUCCUUCCCAACUAUUGUCUACUCUAGGCUAAGCUGUAUUAUAGGCCUAGCCUUUAUAUUUGCCUACAAGUGUUAAAUUCCUCACAGUUGAUACCAGUCACAUACAGUGUGAGCUCAGUUGUAGCUAAAAGACAAAGGUAAGUGGUAUUAAAACUUAAUUUGUUUCUGAAGUGACAAAAUAUUAUAUUAAUACAACAGUAUUAAGUUCUGCAACAAAAUGUUUAACCUGAGUCAUGUUUUUACUUAUAUGUAAAGAAGGAAUAGACUGACAAACACAUCUAGUAGUCAGCCCUAGACUUUGGGCGUUUACAGAAGAGUAAUUGGCAAGUUAAAGUAUAAAUGUUAGUCAUAUCUAAUAAGGAUGAAGCUGACAUUUGAUUGGUGGACUGUUAUAUCAGUUAUGCGCCGUAAUUAAGCAUAUUUCUCCACUAGUUUAUUCAAGAAAGCAUCAAUAAAGUACCUAUUGUAUUCUCUCAUGAUAUCUUAAUUUCCAGCGAGCAUCAAUUAGUUUCUUGGCUGAGAAUGAUCUUCCGAAAUCAAGCAUUCGUUCAGUCUAUCUAUGAACCGUGGAGUUAUGCAUUCAAUACAGGAUUCAGUGAUGUUUUAACUUCGUUACAUAAAUUAACUGAACUUAAAUUCAAUUUGCCUUAUGAUUUUAGUAUACGUCAUUUGAAAGAUAUUCACGAUGCCUUCUAGACGUGUUUCUAAAUUUAGUCUGUAUUAAUUCAAUGAAAUUUACUAUUCAUAUUGUUAGGCAAUAACAACAAAAACAGCGACUGCUUCUACUACUUUUCGGUGUUCAGUGAUCAUUUAUGGUAAUGAUAAUAAUAAUAAUAAUAGUGGUAAUAUGCAUUUGUUUCAUUGUAUUCGUUUUUGGUCUGUGUUAUGUUAUCUAUCUUGCAAAUGAAUAUAAUUCAUCCUAAUUUUGAAAAUAUCAUUCCCUCUAAAUUGAUUUACCUACCACCUUGUAUCAUGUAAAUUUUGGACUUUAUUAUUUUCAUUCCAUUUCAAUUAUCAACUUAACUCUGUUCCACCUGUUGUGAGUAGUGCUAUGCAUGUGCUUUCUUGUCUGUUUUCUCUGUGUGUGUUUGUGUAAAGUAAUCUGAUGAAUCAUAUUAUAAAUUAACAUGUGUCGUUGUUGUUGUUAUUUGGGUUUUCCGAUUAUCGUUUCUGCUGAAAAAGUAAAAGAACAAACAGCAUUUUCGAUUGAUUACAUAAGUGUACUGUCAAAUAAGAUAUUUUUGUGAAUUACUCCUCGCUAAAAUUUCAUAUUUUCGAAAGAAAUAAAGAUAAUAACCAUUCGUGUUUAUUUUGUAAUAUAAAUCUAAUUCGAUUCUUUUGUUUUGUUUUCUAUCAAAAAGAAAAUUUUUCAGCGGUAUUCGAAAAAAAUUGAUCAAGGUUUAAACAAAUCACUAGUUAACAGUACAAUUCUCAAAAGCUAAAACUUAUAAUCAUCUUUCUUCACUGUAAA